GGUCUGUGAAGCACACGAGGUAUAUAUACAGGGAGGAAAUUGUGAUUCCAUCUCUUUCUCUCUACGAAACCAACAGCGCUAGAAGAAGCUUGUGAGAGCAACAACACAGAAGAAAACCGAGAAGAGGCAACCAUGGCAACUAAAAAGGGUCUCCUUCAGCGUCUGGACGAGGGCGUGGUCAUCGGCGACGGCGGCUUCGUGUUCGCCCUGGAGAAGCGAGGCUACGUGAAGGCGGGUCCGUGGACGCCGGAGGCCACUAUCGAGCACCCUGAAGCCGUACGUCAGCUUCACCGGGAGUUCUUGCGCGCAGGAGCUGACGUCAUGCAAGCGUUCACCUUCUACGCCUCAGAUGACAAACUGGCCAACAGGGGUAACGAGUCUAGCAAAAAAUAUACGUGUCGGGGAAUCAACGACGCAGCUUGCAGACUCGCCCGGGAGGUUGCAGAGGAAGGGGAUGGCCUGGUUGCCGGAGGACUCUCCCAGACCCCUACCUACCUGUCAGGCCUUGGCAAGGAGAAGACACAGAGGGAAUUCCAAAACCAAGUGGACGUUUUCGUGCAGAACAAAGUGGACUUCCUAAUUGCUGAGUACUUCGAGCACGUGGAGGAGAUGGAGUGGGCCAUCGAGGUGUGUCUCAACUCCGGCCUCCCCGUCGUGGCCUCCAUGUGUAUCGGACCCGAGGGCGACUUGCACGGGAUCUCGGCAGGAGAGUGCGGCGUCAGGAUGGCCAAGGCGGGGGCGCAUGUGGUGGGUAUCAACUGCCACUUCGACCCCUUCGUGACCGUGCAAGGACUCCGCCUCAUGAAAGCCGCCCUUGACCGAGAGGGCCUCAAGGUCCACCUCAUCGCCCAGCCUCUCGCCUUCCACACUCCUGACGCAGGCAAACAGGGCUUCAUUGACCUCCCCGAGUUUCCCUUCGGUCUGGAGCCUCGCAUCUGCACACGAUGGGACAUGCACAAGUACGCCCGGGAGUGCUACGAUCUCGGCGUCCGCUACAUCGGCGGCUGCUGCGGGUUCGAGCCCUACCACAUCCGCGCGGUGGCCGAGGAGCUGGCCAAGGAGCGAGGGACGUUCCCCAAGGGCUGCGAGAAGCACGAACCCUGGGCUGGCGGCCUCAAGAUGCACACGAAGCCCUGGGUCAGAGCGAGAGCCGGCCGCGAGUACUGGGAGAACCUCCGCCCUUCCUCCGGCCGCCCCUACAGCGCCGCCAUGUCCAAGCCUGACAACUGGGGCGUGACCGCUGGUGACGACAUCCUCAAGCAGAAGACCGCAAGCACCACCGAAGACGAGAUCAAAAUCCUCAAGACCAAGAAGACCAAAGCCUAAGGGAGGUGACGCUGAAGAAGGGAGAGAGGAGAGACAGAAGAGAGAGAAAGAGGAGAAGGAAUAUUUCGAAGAGACAAUGUAGCCAGAUUAAUCGUGAUCAGUGUGGGACGAUUGAGGAAAAGACUUUUUUUAAACAUCUUAUUAGAAUAGACCUCUAAGAGGGCUUCCUUUCUAGGAUGAGUUUUAUACAUCCAUUACUGUACGUACAAUCAGUAUGCCUUUUGAGAUUUUUAAGAUUGCAAAUGGAAUGUGUAUGUAGCGCAAGUGUUUGUUGUUGAUUCCUUACACACCAGGUUAUGUGAAUUGUGGUUUUUAUCUUACGGAGCUUGUGUAUGACGUGGGAAUAUGAAUAAUAAGUAUUCAUAUAAAUAUGGGCAAUUUGAGUGCAUGAAACUUCAACUGUGGCAUGUAUGAUCAGUAUAUGAAAUGGAGUUGGCUUCGUGUUUUCAUAAACAUGAGGAUUUAUUGCAUGAACAAAUAAAAUAUUUUUAAUGUA